AUGGCAUCAAAUUCUAAACGUGCAUUUAAUUUAAAAUACUUAGAAAUGUAUGACUGGAUGAUUUAUUCAACUAAACAUAAAGGGGUUUUUUUACAUAAAGAAGUUGAAGAUAAUAGAAAAAAAUUGAGACCAAUCAUAAAAUCAAUACUGUUUUGUGGACAACAUGAUAUUGCCCUUAGAGGAAACACUGCUAAUAAAGGUAAUUUUGUUGAUUUAUUGAAAUUUCGGAUUGAUUCAGGUGAUAAUAUUUUGUCAAAUAAUUUUGACACGGCCUCUGGGAAAUCCAAAUAUGUAUUACAUAGAAUUCAAAAUGAAAUUAUUCAAGUCUGUGGUCAAGUAAUUCGUAAUGAUAUUGUAUCCCAAGUCAAUAAUUCAUUUGCAUUUUCUUUACUGGCUGAUGAAACAGCAGAUAUUGCAGGAAAGGAACAGUUAUCUAUUGGUGUAAGAUAUAUUGAUAUAAAUUAUGUAGUGCAUGAAGAAUUUAUUGGAUUUAGUGAAAUACAUAUUUUAAAUGCAGAAGGUAUAUCAAAAAGUAUAUUAGAAUCAACAGAAAAAUAUGGUUUAAAUAUGUUGAAACUUGUUGGCCUAGGUUUUGAUGGUUGUUCAACCAUGAGUGGUAAAGAAAAUGGUGUACAGACAAUUAUACGAAAAAUAUAUCCAACUGCUUGUUAUUUUCAUUGUGCUUCACAUAAGCUUAAUUUAGUAGUUAACGAUCAAAAUUCAAUUCCUGAAAUCAGAAAUACUAUUGGUACUGUAAAAGAAAUAGAAAAGUACAAAUGUAUACGGCUAUUUGAUAAAAAUGUCAUUGAAAUUAAAACUGUUCUUGAAAAGUUAUCUAUUAGUUCAGAAGCAAAUACUGUUACAAGAAAUCGUGCAUUCCAACUUUCAUUAGCCACAUCAAAUUGUACUUUUUUGAUUAGUUUAAAAGUAAUUGCUUAUUACUCUUCUGUUCUAGAACCAGUUGUGACCAAAUUACAAGGUGUGAUGGCAAUCACGGUCUUAGAAGAUAUUAUUCAAGAUUUUCAAGGAAGAGAGUUUGAGUUCAAGAGCGUUCAAGAAGUUUCAUGUGCGAUGUGCAACAUACAAGCGACACGCGUAUCGGACCCGUAUCGGACUCAGACUUCGAUACGAGCCGGUACGUAA